AUGGAUUUUAACGAAUCCGGAGUCAAUUUCGAUGAAAUGCUUCUCAACGACGGGUUUUCGCCUCAUUUCGAUCAGUUGGAGUUGGAUGUGAGUGGUGGUUUUCCUACAAAAAUCAAUAUUUGAGUUCAGAGUCUGCUGUACGGGAAUGACGAGUCUCAGGACUCGAGUUCAUCUUCAUCAUUCGCAUUUGGUGACCAAAACGCCGGAUUCAGAUCCAGAGACGGCGGGAGUCUGGGAGAUUCGUCGUCCGACAGCUCGCCGCCGCUCAGUUGUGCCAAUUUCACGGAAAACGAUCAGGAAAUGCAGGAAAUGUGGGAGUUCGGAUUUCAGGUGAGUCAUUUCGCAAUUGGCCUUUUCAAAGAAACAUUAGUUGCAGAAUCCAAGUCCAUUUGAACCGCAAUACAACAAGCCGUCGGGAUAUCAGGAAGAAGAAGUAAUCUGCAGGACUAAUGACGACUUCAUACAUCAACAGUACGUUGAGCAUGAGGAACUCAUCGAAGAUCCAAUGGUCGCACCUCCAAAACGGAUAAUCGCUAUUCUACCAAGGCAGCAAAAUCAGAUGCAGAAUCCAGUGAGGAAAAUGGUGACGCGUCCGAUUCAGAAGAUCUAUCGUGUCAAGGAGAUACCUGCCAAUCACAGCGCUCAGACCUGCAAAAUUGCGCAGCCAGUGGUGAGAAAUAUCUUGAAAAUGUGCUCAAACUUAAUGUUUUUCUCAGUUUCAGAAUCAGCAGCGUAUGGUGCAAAGACCACUUCAACAGAAGGCUAUCUUCUACACAAAACCGGUCGAAAUGCGGCCACAACCACAAAGCGGACCACUGAUUCGUCAGACUUUCAAAAAAGAAUGCGACCAGCCACGUUUUGUUCCGAUUGCUCCAACCAGGGAUAUUAAGCAUGAAAUACAGGUACGUCGCUUUGAGAAUCUGCUAAACGAAUAUGUUCUUGUGUUCCAGCACUUCACUCCGGAACAAAACCGCAAAAUUCGGAACCGCAUGUACGCACAAGCGUCUAGGAUCCGGAAGAAGGAAGCAGAGGAAAGUCUGAGGAUGCGUGUCGAUGAACUUAGUCAUAAGAACGAGAUGCUUGUCAGCGAGAAUGCUAUUCUGAAGCGACGCCUCGCUUUUUAUGAGGUAUCGCAGUUUAUCUGUCUAUUUUUAAUACAUUUUCUCAACAUUUCAGGGAGAAUCGGCUCUUGGAGUUGGAAUCCGUCCCCUUCCUCCACAGGGAAACGCACAAAAGCAGAAGAAAAUGAUUGCAGCGGGUACUGUACUCAUGAUGUUUGGACUUUUCGCCAUUGUCUCCCCAUUCAAUGUAUUGUGAGUGGAACUAAUCACUAGGCUGCUUGCAAAAACUGCGAAAUAUUUAGAACUACUGACAACAACAUGGGAGUGCCUACUGAAAUCAUGGCAAUUGCCAACGAGACCUCUGUUGUCACGCGUCAUAGCCGAGUACUUGGAAAUGAAGGAAUCACGGCAAUCAUCACAAAGGUACUGAGGACAUUAUGACUGACAUCAACGGAAAACCGCGUUUUUCAGCCACCAGAGCCGAUUAUUCACUUUUCAAACUCAAGCCACCCGGAUUGCGAAAUGUACAAGUUGAAUGCUACGGAAACUGAACGGUACGGAAAACCCUCCGGCAUUUUCAGUCACAAAACGCACUUUUUUCAGCGUGAACAACGACAUUGAGCGCUGGGUUCAGGUUCACUCGUUCGAUAACGUUCCUAUGAAGUUCACCGGCGGUUUGCUGAACCAAGAAGCGAUGCGAAAGUUUAACGAGGCUCAGAAAGUGCAAAAAGCGUCAAUUUUUGGGCCACAAACAGCAUCGGCUCAGAAAAAAUCGGAACAAGCGGCGAUUCGUUCGAGAGAACGUACCUGGCGCCAACUGAACCUUCUGAAAACGUAUGUUUGACGGUUUUCACAACUGCUAAUCCAUAUGUUCAUUACUACAGUGGGAGCGGCGCCGCACAGGUGGACAGUGAGAAAAUUCACCGUAAGCGUCAGAACAUUGACAAGCUUGCAUCAAUCGUUCGUCAGAAGGGCGACACUCUUUACAUCAUGACACUGCAGGUGAGAAUAUUUGAUGGCCUAUAGUUAUCUUGCUAAUAUGCACAUGGAUUCUCAGGACUAUGUACUUCUUCCGUCUCUCAAAAAAGGUGCCAACUCGAUUCCCAAGCUUUCGCUUCUUCUUCCGAGUGUGCCGAUGAAUGGAACUCUUCUGGAUCAGGUAAUUACGAGAUCAACUUGAAAUAUACGCGCUUCAAAUUUUUGCCUGGAAGUCAGCAACCGGCCAAACAUAUAGGUAAAGUUCUAAAAUGCGAUAGGACAAGACACUAAACAUUAAGAAAUCUUCCCGAAAACGCGAUCAUAAAUAAAUAAUAAUACGCGAUUAAAAGUAGUACAUGAAAAAGAAAGAAAAGAAGCAAACUUGGCACGGCGCGAAGCGAGCAAUUAUUGUUCUUCUCAGUCAGGCUCAGCGAAGCAGAAUUGGACUGGGAAACGACUAGCUUUACUGGAAUGUGAAGAGAAAUUAUCACAUUAGGAGUGCCAUGAGCAGACUUGCAACAUACCAAGCCGGGCCGGGUCAAAAUUUAUAAAAAAAAUUGCGAAUUAUCGGAUUGCAAAAUGACGAGUUGCGAAACUUCGGGUACCCUCAUUUUUUGCCAGAUUUCUCAUACCAUACACAUUUCCUUGGUAGAGUCAAUUCUCGGGGACCUGUGCCGAAUCCAUGUUUUCAAUUCCCCCCAAAAGUGUUAUCCCGCAAAUGCGCUCCACCGAACUCGACACCCUAAACAGAUGUUCCCUUUUUUCAGUACACCUUUCUGCGCGUCGAUUGCGAAGUGACAGGCACCGGACAACUCACACUUUCCAGCAAGCAGCUCUCGUACUUGAUGCCUUGA